AUGAGUUCUUCUAAAAAUAAAAAUCUAGACGAGGGGGGAGAGCCACGUCUUGUGGAAACGCAGGAUCGUGAGCCAGGAGAUCCAGAGAUCUCGCUGCUGAGGUUGGGGAUUAAAUCCCCAACGGCCUCGCGCACCAGCAGCAUACGCAGCACGCGUAGUACCACCCGGAGCCGACGAACAGCCCCGGGGAUCCGGAGUGACUCCGAAUACGACUCGGUGGACGAGUCGCUAGAUCGGAGCCGGAAGACAAGGUCGGGAGAAGAGGGGGAGUUUCGCUCCCCCGACCCCCCCGUCAGGGAUAGGCCAGGCCCUGCCUCCAGCAAGGCCCGGAAACGAAGAGGCAGCGGAGCGUCGGCGGCGUCUGAGGAGGCCGCAAUGGAGGUCGACGAUCCCGAGGGCGCUUCGCAAUAUAAGCGCCCGAGGGAAAGCGACGAUUCCGACGCUUCAAUUGCUUCGGGCGACUCAGUCCUCUCCGCUGGAAGGCUGGAACGUCGGAAGCGUGGCAGGCCUGCUACUACAGGCGAAUUUGUGGGCCUGGCUAAGGCCAAAGCCGAGAAACUCCGUCUCGACCAGGAGGAGCUUAACCUUCUGGCGGAGAGAGAGCUCGCGGAGGAUUGGACCGAGCCAUCAAUUACUCGGUCCCGUAAAAUCCUCCUGGGAGCAGAGGUGGCAUCCGACGACGGUUCUAAAAAGAUCCUUGAACCGUCGUGCCUCUCUGCAGCUGACCUGGAGCUGCAGUUACGAGGCACAAUCGAUGCCAUCACUAAGGUCGCCUCCUUCAAGAAGGGGUACAAAGGUACCUCUAUUAGAAUCUUGAAGGAGGCGGCCAAAGUGGUGGGUGCGGCUGGCAAAGAACUGGCCAGUCGCACUCAAAGUGACGAGAGCCGCCUCUUGAGAGAGGCCAAUAACCGGUUAACCGGAGAAAUGGCCGAUCUCAAGAGGGAGCUCAAAGAACUGCGGGAGAGGGUGGCUAACAUGGCGGGUGCAAAGGUUCCCGCGCCACCCUCGCCUCCAACACCGGGCCCCAGUUUUAUUGCGGCCGAUGCCCUCCCGCUACCUCAGCGCGAAAAGCGCCGUAGCCGGGAGGGAAACGCGGGCUCCCCUCCCUCCUCCCCUGUCCUGGAUCAGUCCAAGAGAAGGAGGAGGGAUGAGGGCAAGGAAGACCCGCUCGAGAAGGCCCCGGAGAUCCUCGGUCUCCCGGGGGGGGAGGCGCUUAUAAACGCCAUCACGAGCCGCGUCGCGUCCUUCGUGAACGCGAGGCUCGAGGCGUUCGAGCAACGUCUCCCCCCUGAGAGGAUUAGGCCUCCUCUGCAGGCUGACAAGGCGCCCGCGGCGGCCAGCAAAAAAGGGGGGAAGUCCAACGCCGGGGGGAAACCUGAAAAGGCCCCCCCGACGAAGGACAAGGCCAAGGCCGCUGAGUCGCGAAAGACGGCUGACGAGUCCGAAUGGACCGAGGUCAGUCGCAGAGGCGACAAGGCGGCCAAAGCCAAGGGAGGGGCUAAGGCUCCUGCCUCAGCCACUACCCCUAAGAGGGGUCCCCCUUCUAAGAAGGGGAAGAGUAAGGGGGGGAAACCCCCGGUAAAGGGUGCUGGCGGGAAAGGUUCUCCUUCUUCGAGGACCCAACCCGCCAAACCCCGAAAGAUUCGCCCCCCUAAGAUGGCAGCCGUGCUGUUAAGCGCGGACCCAUCGAAGGGGGGUGAUAAGCCUGUGGCGUUAGGGGAGGCGAUUGCCGGUGUUCGUGCCAGCAUUAAGCUGGACGAGUUUGGCAUCGCCUCCCUCAGGCCUAAAAAGGCUGCGGGCGGGGGCCUAUUAUUUGAGGUCCCCGGCGAGGGAAGUGGCCAGAAGGCCGAUAAAUUGGCAGAAGCGCUUCGGCUUCUGCUGGAGCCAAAGGGGGUGAGGGUCACCCGCCCGGUCAAACUCGCAGAACUGCGGGUGGCCGGGUUGGAUGACUCGAUCACCCCCGAUGAGGUGCGACAAGCGAUUGUCGCGGCCGGCGGCUGCUCCGCGGGGGAAGUUUCGGUUGGGAAGAUCAACCUUUCCCCCGCGGGUAGACUCGGGUCCGUUUGGGCCCGCUGCCCAGCAGCCGCGGCAAAGAAGGUGAUUGACGCGGGCCCGUUACCCAUUGGAUGGAUAAAGGCCCGCGUCGAGGCCCUCGAACCCCGGCCCCUGCACUGCUUUAAGUGUUUGGGGGUCGGCCAUUCGAGGGCCAACUGUAAAUCGGAGGUUGACCGCAGCGGUCUUUGUUACCGCUGCGGUCAAAAUGGCCAUGUGGCCGCCGGGUGCACCGCCAAGGACCCCCACUGUCCGCUUUGUGCGGAGGGGGGCACCCGGCGAACCAUAGCGGUGGCGGCCGAGCCGUACCACGUCCCCGCAAAAUCCUGUUGGAUUGGCGACGUGGACGGCACGGUCGCCAUUAUUGGCCGUGGUGGCCCAAAUGCUCUCCCCCUUACCCUACUGGGGAGGGGGAGUGGCCACGUAAUGGCCACAUGGGGGGAAAUUGCUGUGGUGGGGGUGUAUUUUUCGCCCAACCGAGACCUGACCCAAUUUCGGGCAUACCUGGACCAGGUGGCGGCAUCCAUACGCCGUCAAUUGCCUGGUCCGGUAUUGGUUGCGGGGGACUUCAACGCCAAGUCGGUGGAUUGGGGUUCCCCCGUGACGGACGCCCGGGGUCAGGAGCUCGCGGAAUGGGGGGCGGAGCUGGGCCUCAUAGUUCUUAACAGAGGCUCGGCUCACACCUGCGUGCGACACAACGGGGGAUCCAUCGUCGAUUUGACGUUUGGGUCCCCGGCGGUUGCACGUCAGGUGGUCGGCUGGAGAGUUAUGGAGGGGUCGGAAACACUGUCCGAUCACCGGUAUAUCCGGUGGGACAUGUCCGACCCCUCCCUUGGGACCCGGCCGCGUCCCUCUGGGCGUAGAGGAACACCCUCACCCCCCCGCUGGGCGCUUAAGCGCCUGGCAGAGGACGCCUUGAUGGCAGCCGCUUCGGCUAAGGCUCUGGAAGUUAUCCCGGAGCCUGAUGCCUGCGACAUAAACGGGGAGGUAACUUGGUUCCGGGAGGCCAUGACACAAAUUUGUGACGUGGCCAUGCCCCGGAUCCGGGCCCUCCCUGAGAGAAGGUCGGUGUACUGGUGGUCUCCCGAGAUCGCGCAAUUGCGCGUGACGUGCGUGCGGGAGCGCCACCGGUACACCAGAUGUCGUCGCAGGCGUCAUUCGGAGGCUGAAGCGGCGUCGCUGUAUGCAACCUACAGAGAGGCGAAAAAGGUGCUGCAGCGAGCCAUCAAAAGGGCCAAGGAUAAGGCCUGGGCAGAGCUCCUGGAGACUCUCAACGAGGAUCCAUGGGGGCGCCCCUACCUGAUUGUCAGGAAAAAACUGCGAUCGGGGGGGCCCCGGAUCACGGAGAGUCUCCACCCCCAGGUCCUGGAGGACGUUGUCUCAGCCCUUUUCCCCAAUAAUGGGGAGGGGGCGGACACUACUCCGGGACAGUCGGUCCACACAACAUCGUGGACCGACGAUCUGGGGGUUACAGAGGAGGAGCUGGCUGGGGCUAUUCGUAGGCUCCGGGCGAAAAAUACCGCCCCGGGGCCUGAUGGAAUCCCUGGCCGUGCCUGGGUCUUGGCCCUUGGCGUCCUUGGGGACCGCCUGAGGAGGCUUUUUACAGCCUGCCUCAGGACGGGGCAAUUUCCCCCCCGGUGGAAAGAGGCGACACUCGUCCUCCUGCAUAAGGAAGGGCGCCCCGCGGAGUCGCCCUCCGCGUAUCGCCCGAUAUGCCUAUUGGACGAGGCGGGCAAACUUUUCGAGCGCGUGCUCGUUGCCCGCCUCCAACGGCAUCUGUCUCGGGUGGGCCCCGAUCUGGCCGACUGCCAGUACGGAUUCCGAGAAGGCCGCUCAACAGUGGACGCGAUUAAACGCGUGCGGGCCUUCUCGGAUGAGGCUGUCUCCCGGGGUGGUGUGGCGUUGGCGGUGUCAUUAGACAUUGCCAACGCCUUCAAUUCUCUACCCUGGGGGUGUAUAGGGCGUGCGCUCGACUACCACCGAGUGCCGCCCUAUAUGCAGUCGGUCAUUAGGGACUAUUUAAGGGACAGAGCCGUGGCAUAUCGGGCACGGUACGGUGUACCGUUGCGGAGGGCCGUGUACUGCGGGGUUCCACAGGGGUCGGUCCUUGGCCCCAUAUUGUGGAACCUCGGGUACAAUAGUGUACUCCGGGGAGCUCUCCUCACGGGCCUUGGUGUCGUCUGCUAUGCAGACGACACCUUAGUCAUGGCCCGUGGGGACACAUGGGGGGACGUGUGUCGCCUCGCUCGUGUCGGGGUGGCACUGGUCGUUGGCCGCAUUCGCGCCUUGGGGCUGACGGUGGCGUUGCAUAAGACAGAGGCUGUUUACUUUAAACAGCCUCUGCAGCGACCACCACCUCAGCCCCAUAUUACCGUCGAGGGAGUCCGCAUCGAGGUGCGGUCCAGUAUGAAAUAUCUGGGCCUGCACCUCGAUCGCCACUGGGAUUUUCGGGAGCACUUCUCGCGCAUGGCCCCCCGUAUAAGGGCAGCAAUAAACUCCUUCGGGGGUUUGCUGCCCAACAUAGGGGGGCCUAGAGAUAGGGUGCGCCGCCUUUAUAUGGGGGUAGUAGGAUCUAUGAUCCUAUAUGGGGCCCCCGUGUGGUCCGGAAAUAUCGCGGCCAGCCGCAGCUGUCUUGCAAUUAUGCAAGGCUUGCAGCGCAGGCUGGCCGUCCGGAUCACUAGGGGGUACAAAACCACCCCCACGGAGGCGGCGCUAGUGGUGUCGGGGUCGAUCCCAUGGGAUCUGCUGGCGGGGGCGUACGCUGCUCUGUAUGAGUGGCGUACUGCCCUCCGCCAGCAAGGUGUUACCCCGACACCGCGCGAGAAGGAUGCUGCUCGAACCCAGUUCCGGCAGCUCGCAGUAGAGAGGUGGAAAGAGAGGCUGGCCCACGUUAGGGUCGGCCUCCGAGCUGUCGGAGCCAUCCGCCCGGUCCUCGAGGACUGGGUGGAUAGGCGGCCUAAGGGACUCCCCUUUAGGGCGGUGCAGGUACUCACCGGGCAUGGUUGCUUCGGUGAGUACCUGCAUGAGAAGGCGAGGCGCGAGCCAACGACUCGGUGUCACCACUGUACGGAGGUAAGGGACACGGCGCAGCACACCCUUCAGGAUUGUCCUGCAUGGGAUGUGCAGCGCCGUGCCCUCUGCGUCGCGGUCGGCGACGACCUCUCGCUCCCGGCCAUCAUUGCUAAGAUGGUCGGGAGUGAGGACGCCUGGGACGCCAUGGUCUCCUUCUGCGAGCAUGUUAUGCUGCAGAAGGAGGCCGCGGAGAGGGAGAGGGAGGUUAGCUCGCGUCGGGUAGGAGAUGCAGCGAGGGUUAGUGCAUCACCCUCCGGAAAAUUCGGAUGCACGAUUAUUUCGAGUCACGGAUGCCGUCGAGUGGCGCGGUUAUGUCAAGUGACGGGUCCAUUGGUCCCCGAGGCUGACAUACCGCAACAGGAGUCUGCAUUCCUCCUGGUCGGUGGAACCGGGGAACUUCGGUUCUUGGGCUCAGCGGGUACUUGGGUGCUCAUACGGAUAGGGUCGGUGGGACCCGGGAACAUCAGCAGACUUGGGUGGUCCCAAGCCUUUCAUCCACAAGGUGGGGUAUGCCUUCCUCCAGCCGGAAAACGCGGAGGCAUCUGCGGUGCCGAGGUGUAUCUCCAAUGUGAUCACCUCGGUCAAAUGGUUAGUGCCUGA